AUGAGUGACGCUGCACCCCCAAAUGAGCCGCCGCAGGGCGAGGCUCCCUCGAAGAACGCCCUGAAGAAGGCGCAGAAGGAGAAGGAGAAGGCAUGUUAUGCAGAGAAAAAGGCCGCAGCGAAAGCCCGUGAACUCGCCGAACGUGCCAAAAAGGACGCUGAUGAUGCCGCUGACGUUUCUGCCGGCUCGUAUGGCGACCUUCCACUGUGCGGUUCGACCGACUUCAAGCCCACGGGCACGCCGCGUACCGACCUUGCUCAAGCUUCCGAGAACGAGGACAAGGAAAUCACAUUCCGGUGCUGGGUUGAAAAUGCGCGUGUUCAGUCCGCGAAGCUCGCUUUCCUCAAUUUGCGCCAGGGUCUCAACACAGUGCAGGCUGUCGUGGCUGCCAGCGAGAAGCUGAGCAAGCAGAUGGUCAAGUACUGUGGAAGUGUGAGCACGGAGAGCACACUCCUCGUCACCGGCCUGGUCAAGCGUGUAAAGGAGCCCAUCAAGAGUGCUUCCAUCAAGGACUUUGAGAUCCACGUCCAGAAGCUGUUCAUUGAGGUCAAGGCCGACGUCCCUCUGCCGCUUCAGGUCGAGGAUGCGGAACGGCCUCUGCCUACGACCGAGGAAGAGCAGCAACAGGAGGAAGGUGACAAGCAGCCGCUCGUCAGUCUCAAUACCAGAUUGAACAACAGGACCAUCGACCUGCGCGCGAAGAUCAACCAGUCCAUCUUCGUCAUCAAGAGCGGUGUCUGCGCCAUAUUCCAGGAGUUCCUUUCCAAGAAGGGUUUUGUACUCGUCCAUACUCCCAAGAUUCUCGGCGCAGCAUCAGAAGGUGGUGCCAAUGUCUUCGAGCUCAAGUACUUCGACCGCCCAGCAUAUCUUGCCCAAUCACCACAGUUCUACAAGCAGAUGCUCAUUGCCUCGCGCUUCCAGAAGGUCAUGGAGAUCGGCCCAGUGUUCCGCGCAGAAAACUCGAACACCGCGCGUCAUUUGACCGAGUUCACGGGUCUCGAUCUGGAGAUGGAGUUCCAGGAGAACUACCACGAAGUCAUUCGCGUUCUGGAAGACCUGAUGCUGUUCAUCUUCACUGAGCUGAAUGCGCGAUACAAGAAGGAGACUGAGCUUGUCCGUGGCGUCUACCACGUCGACGAGUUCAAGCUGCCCGAGUCCGGCAAGGUCCCACGGAUACCCUUCAAGGAGGGCAUCGCCAUGCUCCGUGAAGCCGGCGAAGAGCUCAACGACUACGACGACUUAUCCACCCCACAAGAAAAGCUCCUCGGCAAGCUCGUUCUCCAAAAAUACAACACCGACUUCUACACCCUCGACCAAUUCCCCCUCGCCAUCCGUCCUGCGUACACCAUGCCCUCGCCCGCCGACCCGCUCCUGUCCAACUCGUACGACAUGUUCAUGCGCGGCCAGGAAAUCUGCUCCGGCGCCCAGCGUAUCCACGACUCGAAACUGCUGGCUUCGCAGAUGCGCAAGCACGACCCGCCGAUUGACCCGGAGUCUGCUGGUACCAAGGACUACGUCGACUGCUUUAGGUUCGGAUGUCCGCCGCAUGGUGGUGGUGGCUUUGGGCUGGAGAGGAUUGUCCAGUUUUGGCUGGGGCUGCCAAACAUUCGCAUGUGCAGUUUGUUCCCUAGGGACCCGCAGAGAGUUAUUCCGUAGACAGCUGUUGCGAGCAGUGAGUUGCGGAAGGACAAAAGAGAAAGUCAAAGAGCUGGAACGGGACGUGAAUGAAAGAGGGGAAAUGCAAUGUAUGAUUCGGCCACUGAUGGAUGGGCCUAUAAAAUGUACCAUUUCCAGACACUAUUUUGUGUGUUUCUGCUACA